AUGAGCGGAGCUCCAACAGACGUUAAGUGUCAGACCUGCAGCCUUUCAUCAACAUGGACUCUCUGUUGCUGCUCGGCUUCACUUUGGCUGUUCACCUGGCGUGGAGCUCAGUCAACACCACCAUCAUCUAUCACCACUGUGGUUACAACACCUGCUACUACUGCCAUCUUUACCGAGAGAGCUACCGAUACUACUACCACCAGUGAUCUGACAUAUAGGACUACUACUACUAAUCUGACCAAUGGGACUGACAACCCUACUACUACCACUACCUCUCCCAUCUCUGCCCCCCCACCUCUGGUUUGUGGUAACGGUGGGGUUUCUCUGAAUGGAGUCUAUAUCUGUCCUGAUGAAUGGACCGGAGAGACUUGCUCAGUAGAAAAUUUCUGCCGCUUCCAAGAGUUGGGUAACUUCAAAUUCCCUCGCACACCCAUCGGCUGGUUUGCUUAUUCUGAAGAGUUAUGUCCCAAAGAAACGAGAAGCGCUGGUGAACCCAAGGCUUCCACCAGAUGUUCAAACAAGAACGGAGCGCCGAGCUUCCAGCGUCCUCCACAUGUCCUCCAGUGUGACCAGACCCUCAGUGACGUACAACUAAAUUUUACCAGCCCGGCAGAUUUUGAGAACCUGGCAAGCAGCACCCAAAUUUUGACCUCCAAACCUGAAGAGCUGACGGCUGAAGACAUUACAGCAGCAGCUCAGAUCGCCAACACACUGCUGCUAUCUCCGAACGCCUCAAAGAGCGUCCGGGUGGCAGCUAUCUCUACAGUCAGCCAGCUGCUGAACGCCGGCCCGACGGACAAUAGCGAGGAAAACAACGCCACUCUGGGCCUUACGGUGACCCUGGACCAACUCUCUGUGAAUCUCAGCCUUGGUCUCACGGCGUCCCAGUCUCAGGUGGUUCAACCAAACCUGGUGGUCCAAUCAGCACGAGUCUCUGCUGCAGACUCUCAAGGAGUCCAGUUCACUUCUCUCUCAGGGACAUCAGGCAGUUUUGUUGCUGACCGCAUUCAGCUGAACACCAACACACCAACGGUUGUGGUGGAAAACGGGUUCAUAGCCGACGCCAUGAUUUACGUUCGAUUCCCACCAGAAGAAGUCAGUGAGAAGUCGUCGGAGGUCUCGUUGGGGUUCAUUCUCUACCAGAACGACCGUUUCUUCAGGUCCCGGCGUUACAGUCGGAGUUGGGCCACGUUCAGAGUCCUGUCGGCCUCCGUUAAUGGUCCGAGGAGCAGCGUGAUGCCGCAACAUGUGGAGAUGCUGUUCAGACCAACAAUGAUGAAUGGAACGUCUCUGUUCAACUUCGCUUGUGUUUUCUGGGACUACGGUCUGCAGGACUGGAGCACCGACGGCUGCUCGAAAGGAAACGCUUCAGACGGACUCCUCAGAUGUUCCUGCAACCACACUACCAACUUUGCUGCUCUCUGGUCUUUCAGGGAGAACUAUGAAUAUGCAGAAGCCCUGGAUGUCAUCUCUAUUGUGGGACUGGCUUUUUCUUUUCUGGCUUUGAUUGUCACAAUAAUUCACCAACUUAAACAGAGCUUUCAGAUAAACUGUUGCAAGAAAAAGGACGAGGUUGAGGUCAAGGACUCUGAAAUCGCUCUGCUGUGUAUCUGUGUCAGCCUGCUGGCCUUCAUCAUCACCUUCGUCACUGGAGUUGGAAACUCCGGCAGACAGGAUGCUCCGGUGGAGGUCGACACUCAGACCAACAGCCUUCUGGACCGCGACGAACACGUGGAGCCGGACAGCGGCUCUUCGGUGGUGGUCGCUGUGCUGCACUUCUUUCUGUUAGCCACCUUCAUGUGGAACGGCCUAUACGCCACUCUGACGCUGCUGCUGGUCAACAUGCACAGAAGUCUCCCUUCAUACUGGACUCCCCUCAGUGUCGCUGUAGGAUGGGGUACGAUAUUCAACAGACCACAUACUCAGUGAGGGGCUACAGCCAUGCUAGCAGCUUUGUGAAGCUGAUUUAGACUCAGUGGUGCUUGG